AUGGGCCCCGCCGCUCGCCCUGCGCUGAGGUCGCCACCGCCGCCUCCGCCGCCGCCGCCCCCGUCGCCGCUGCUGCUGCUGCUGCCCCUGCUGCCGCUGUGGCUCGGCCUGGCAGGGCCUGGGGCUGCGGCGGACGGCGGCGAGCCCAGGGCCGGGGCGGGGCGGGGCGGAGCCCGCGCCGUGCGGGUGGACGUGAGGCUGCCGCGGCAGAACGCUCUGGUCCUGGAGGGUGUCAGGAUCGGCCCCGAAGCCGACCCGGCGCCCCCACUGGGCGGACGCCUGCUCCUGAUGGACGUCGUGGAUGCCGAGCAGGAGGUGCCAGUAGAAGGCUGGAUUGCAGUGGCAUACGUGGGCAAGGAGCAGGCGGCCCAGUUCCACCAGGAGAAUCAGGGCAGUGGCCCGCAAGCCUAUCCCAAGACCCUGGUCCGGCAGAUGCGGCGGGCCCUCUUCCUGGGAGCCUCUGCCCUGCUUCUCCUCAUCCUGAACCACAACGUGGUCCGAGAGCUGGACAUAUCCCAGCUUCUGCUCAGGCCAGUGAUCGUCCUCCAUUAUUCUUCCAAUGUCACCAAGCUGUUGGAGGCACUGCUGCAGAGGACCCAGGCCACAGCUGAGAUCACCAGUGGAGAGUCCCUGUCGGCCAACAUUGAGUGGAAGCUGACCCUGUGGACCACCUGUGGCCUCUCCAAGGAUGGUUCUGGAGGAUGGCAGGACUUGGUCUGCCUGGGAGGCAGCCGUGCCCAGGAGCAGCCCCUGCAGCAGCUGUGGAAUGCCAUCCUGCUGGUGGCCAUGCUCCUGUGCACAGGCCUUGUGGUCCAGGCCCAGCGGCAAGCAUCGCGGCAGAGCCAGCGGGAGCCCGGAGGCCAGGUGGAUCUGUUUAAGCGCCGCGUGGUGCGGAGACUGGCGUCCCUGAAGACACGGCGCUGCCGUCUGAGCAGGGCAGUGCAGGGCCUCCCGGAGCCUGGCGCCGAGACCUGCGCCGUGUGUCUGGACUACUUCUGCAACAAGCAGUGGCUCCGGGUGCUUCCCUGUAAGCAUGAAUUCCACCGAGACUGUGUGGACCCCUGGCUGAUGCUCCAGCAGACCUGCCCGCUGUGCAAAUUCAACGUCCUGGGGAACCGCUACUCAGAUGACUAGCUGCCCCCACUGGACUCUGCACAUGCGAUGGACUCCUCUUGCCUGUACCCCGCCCUCAGCCUGGCUACUGGGACAGGACAGUGGGCUGGACGGGACAGCAAGCCCUGUGGGUGGGAGGAAGGAUAAGGGCCCCACCUCCAUAUCCACACUGGGAGGGAGGGACCCGCAGCGUCAGGAUGAGGAUGCAGGGCUUGGAGCUGCCAUCCAAGGAGGAAGGGUUGCUUUGGGCCCUUCUCUGGAAUCCUGGGACAUCUAUCUGCAUCUAUCUUUGUCACAGGAGCUCCCAGGUCACUGGGCGAAGACAAAUGUGGGGCCAGUGCAGCUGUCCCCAGGGCUCUGGGAAAGCUCUCUGUGGCCUGCCAGGGCAUCCCUGAGGGCUGAGGCUGUGGCGGCCAGGCUUUGUGCUUAUUUAUUGGGGCGGCGGACUGAAGGAAGAGCUGUCUGGUGUUGGGACGCCCUGGCCUGACCAUCCUUCACGCUAUGUCUUGGUCAAAGCUGUGAAGUUAAGCCCAGAGACUCCUCCACUGCCUGUGGCCCUGGGACUCCUGGGCUGCCUUCCCGGGCCUGGCUGGGACCAGAGGCCUUAGAAACCAUCUAUUCCCGUACUUCUGGUUGGGGCUGUGUGUCGCUGACCAGGACACUUGAAGCCACAGGAUAAAUGUGGUGCAUCUUCCGGGGCAUCCAUUUUUUUUUUUGAAAAAAACAGUUGGG